UCAGCAUUUUCUUUACUCGCUGCGUAGACCUCAGCUAAGACGCCUGUGCCAUCGAGUCUCUCUGCGGAAUGACAGUGAUUCUAAAUAUAUUACGCCAUAUGUAACUUUAAAAUGUGUUUAUUUCAACAAUUUUCCAGCGGCUCUUAUUAAUAUUAUUAUACAUAACGAGGACUCGGCAAUAAGACACAUCCUGCUUGACGCGAGGGCGGCGUCGAGUAGUUCUCUUGUGCGCUGCACGAGUUCAGCACUGUGAGCUUUGGGACCCGACUGGAGCUCCGGGCUCGCUGUGGCCGAAGGGUGUGGGGCUGGGGAUUUGGGGUUCGGUCGACGAAGAUGUGAGAGUUAAAGAUUGAUUAAUACUCUAACAAGAUUUAGAUUUCUGUAAUACACAUAUUUAAUUUCUGAGAUAUACGUAAACGUUUAGAAUCUACGAUUAUUUCUUGCUGAAUUUCGAAAUUGGCAGUCCAGAGUAAUAGUGAAUAAAAGUGUUUAUUUGAAGAAUACAGUAUUGGGCAUGCUAUAUAUGUAAUUUUCGUAUUCAAGUUUCUAUAGAAUUAUCUCUAAACUUCAUUUUUGACAAGAAAGAACAUGUGGAUAUCAAAUUUAUCGAAGGUGCUGUGCGUUAUGUGUUUGUUUUGGUAGCAGAACAUGGCUUACCGGUCGGCGAGUAGGUUGUGAAUUUAUGAAGAAUUCAUUGAUUUUUCGGUGUACUGUAGUUGGUAGAAGGCCGAGAUUUGUGUAAUGUGUCGGAAAAUACAUGACUGUGUAUACGUACUUGGUGAGGAUGGCCGAUAAGACAGCACAGGAGAGGAUAGGACUUCGACGCUGGUAUGUGAAUGGAUGUAACCAAAGAGAGUCCACUCGUGAAUUACUGCGAAUUUGCCCAGGAAACCUACUGCAGCUCACACACAGACAGCAUGAAGCGUGAUUGACGUUUUAUUAUGAAACUAAAAUGAGAAAUAAAUGGCGCGUUAUCCAGUGAAUAUAAGGAAGAAAUUUCAUUAAACAUAUUCCAGUGAACAGUAAUCACCAGCACAAACUGAAACUUACAGAAAAUUGAAAUAGUUUGGUGAUAGUGCUGCUGUUGUUUGUUAGUUGAGCACAAGAGAAGAUUAGUGGAAGUGUUUGUGUAACAGGAAUGGUGUUUUUAGAACGAGCAUUUAAAUUGUGAGGGCAAUUUUAUGUGCCAAUGAACAUCUGAUUUCUGAGUGUAUCUCACAAUUAGUGGUAUUCUGUGAAAUUGUAUGUUGUUAUUCUGAAACAAUGGCAACCAUACUAGGAAUUAGUGACUAUAUCCCUGUUAGUCAAUUCUAUCAUGAUAGAUCCAUUUUUGUGACUGGUGGAACUGGGUUUAUGGGAAAAGUGCUGGUUGAAAAACUACUUUGGUCAUGUCCUGGUAUAAAAAACAUUUAUUUGUUGAUGCGUCCCAAGAAGGGACAAGAUGUGGCAGCUCGACUAGCAGAAUUGCUCAAUGCUCCACUGUUUGAUCGUUUGCGGAAAACAAGACCAUUGGAGCUGAAUAAGAUUGUGCCUAUUGUGGGAGAUGUAACAGAACCAGAAUUGGGUAUUAGUCAGUCUGACCAAAAUCUACUAAUAAGGACAGUAUCUUUAGUAUUCCACUCAGCUGCUACUGUCAAAUUUGAUGAAGCAUUAAAGUUAUCCGUGACCAUUAAUAUGGUUGGUACCAAACGUCUAGUAGAACUCUGUCAUCGAAUGUUGGGCCUGGAAGCUCUGAUACAUGUGUCAACUGCUUACUGCAAUUGCGAUCGUGAAGAAGUGAGUGAGGUGAUUUAUCCACCUCCUUAUGAUCCUGAAAAGAUCAUUCAGUGUAUGGAAUGGAUGGAUGAUGACCUUGUCCAAGCUCUCACUCCCAAACUUAUUGGAAAUCGACCCAACACAUAUACAUUUACAAAAGCUCUUGCAGAAAGUAUGCUCAUCAAGGAAUGUGGAAAUCUUCCUGUUGCAAUUGUGAGGCCUUCCAUUGUUUUGUCCUCCAUAAGGGAACCAGUGGCUGGAUGGGUAGACAAUUGGAAUGGCCCUACCGGAUUGAUUGCUGCAGCUGGAAAAGGCUUUUUUCGUACAAUGCUUUGUCAUGACAGCAUGGUUGCUGAUUUAAUACCUGUGGACAUGGUGAUCAACCUCAUGAUCUGUGCUGCUUGGCGCACUGCUACAAGUCGGCCUGCAGGAGGCAUUCUAGUAUAUAACUGUUGUACUGGUCAGCAAAUGCCCAUUACCUGGAGGAAUUUUGUUGAUUAUUCCUUCACAUUCAUGCGUAAAAAUCCGCUUAAAGAUGUAGUGUGGUAUCCAGAUGGAAGUUGUCAUUCAAACUGGGCUAUUAAUUCUGUUCGUAUGCUCACUCUUCAUGUAUUGCCAGCAUAUGUACUCGAUUUCUUUAGUCGAAUUUCUGGGAAAAAGCCAAUUAUGGUUCGCAUCCAGUCGAAACUGUUAAAAGCAGCAAAAUGCCUUGAAUAUUUCACCACCCAACAGUGGCAUUUCAAGGAUGACAACGUUAAACACUUGAAUAGUUUGCUAAGUGCUGAGGAUCGUCGGACUUUUCUAUUCGAUGUGCGAGAAAUUCAUUGGCCCACAUACCUUGAAUCCUAUAUCCUUGGCAUUCGGCAUUUUAUUUUUAAGGAGCCACCAAAUUCUUUGCCUAAAGCACGAAAAUACCUACAAAAGUUGUUUUGGGUGCAUCGAUUUACUCAACUUUUUGCUUUGUUGUUAGUUUGGCGAGCAUUAAUGGUACAUUCUCAAACUGCAAGGAAAGCAUGGUUUGUCAUGCUAGAUAUAAUUUUACGCAUUGCUCGUAUGAUUCCAUUUAUCUGAAGAGGUUCACAGCUAUGUUACAGUGUUCAAUUGAAAAUCAAAGUGUAUGCUGUGUUGCAGGCAAAAAGUAAGGUUAACAUUUCUGUAAGCUUAGCAGCAAUCACACUGUGGUGUGGUGACCUGGAAUACCCAAGCAUAGUUGAACUUCAUUUCCUCCCCCUUUGAACAGGUGCCUGAGUUUUGUUGUAUUAGUAAUGGUAUAUUUGUUACCCAUAUGCUUGGAGCUGUAUGGUAUAUUAGAAUUACAAGCACACAGCUUAAGAAAUAGUGUACAAUACACUAUGGUGGGAAGUCAGUGACUGCUGAAAUAUCAUUUCCCAUUGUAUAGUGCUUGUGAGAAGGUGUUUUUAUUUUCCCUUCAUGAAGCAAGAAACCUUUGGAAAUGUACUCGGUUACUGCUACGAAGUGCUGAAAUGUCAUUGGCUACCAUACAUUGUUAAUUAUGUUGUAUGAAUUAGAGUUUGAAUUUGCCAAUGUUCAUUCAUAUGAACUUUGUAAAAAGAGCGGGCAGUAUGUUAAUUCCAUAACAUUUGAAGUGUAAGGUGCAAUUUUUUGGUGUUUGAAGGUUUGAAUAAGCAAUUUGUGUAAGCAGUUAUUGUUCUUCAAAGUUUUAUGAUUUAAAAGGGGAAAAUAAUUCGAAAUACAAAAUUAUUAGUUUGUAUAUAUAGCUGUUGCUAAGUGGGAAAAUAUAUAUGUAAUGCAAUUGUACUGUGAGGCUAGUGGUCUGAGCAAUUUUAUUAUGUUGCAAAAGUUUUGAUUACUGUUCUAUAAUUUACAAUAAUCUACUUAUGUUAUUAAGCUUACAUUGUGAGUUUCUUAUGUUAUUUACAUGAAAUGUGUGUUUUGAGGUGUGUUAAAUAGAAAUUCUCAGGGUCUGUAAUUUCAAAUUAUGCUUGUUUGCAAGUCCCAGUCUGCAUUUGCUUGUAUAAUACUGUAAAUUAAUCCCUUAGCUUCAGUGUGCAAUGUAAAUAUUUGUUUUUGAACAUUAUCUGCUUUUAAAGAAUGGUUCAUCAUUGUAUCUAGAAUGUAUGUUGAAGUGCUCAGGGAGAAAUUUCUGUGUUGUAUGUAUGAAUUAAAUUUGUGAGGAAAAAAAGAAUGCAGAUCUUCAGUUUUUAAUUGUAUUUCAAUCUGACUACUCUUUUGGGGAGACCAAUGCAGGCUGGGACAGAAAUUCAAUUGACAGUUUUAUGUUGUGCAGGAACGAAUGGUUCACAUUCUAGUGAAGGGAAUAUUAAAAUAUACCCUGCUGAUUAUCCAGAUUUGGAAUAGAUCUUGUACAGGUAUGGGACUAGUAUCAAACAGUUUGGGUAUUGACAAACUUGUUUGAUAAGAGUUAGAGGUAAUUUAUUAGUUUCAAGUGAGAUGUGGAUCAUGUUUUUAAUUAUAUGUGUACCUUUGCAUGUUGUACACAUCUUCCUUGCUGGAUUUUGUUAGCAAAAUUCCUUUCUCUACUUUGUAUUGUAAUCCUGUUAUAAUUUCCUUUUUGUAUAUAAUAUUUAUUUGUAAUGUACCAUAUUGGUCCUUGCUUGGAAGUAUGAAAAUGUGCUUCCUGAAAUUUUGAGUCCAAGACUCAGAGAAUAUAAAAGCAGGCUUUUAAAUAAAAUAAAUUGUCGUUAUUGAGUGCUGAAAAUGAAUUAAAAACAGUGCUCGUUUGUGUUGAAUGGUCACACCAUUAUUUUAUUUUUAUUUAUUUGAUUUGAUUGUUUGAGAAAUAUAGUGAAAUGUAGUUGGAUUUGUUUUUUCAUGUUUAUUAGAACUGAUUUUAAUACUUGAUAUCCACAACGUAUGUUGCACAAAUACGAAGGUUAGCUUAACAGCACUAGCCUAACCAGUUUUUACAAUAAAAGCCCGUUUAAUCCAGUUCCAGUCUCAGCAGAAUGCUCACUGCCAUUUGUCAAGUUUUUCAAUUGACAGGUGUGAUUUUUGUCUCUAUUUAUAACAAUUGUUCAAAAAUAUUUCUAGUGGCAGUGUUGUAGAAUUAGAAUAGGUAUCUUGCUCCAAGAUCUGUUGUAUUAAACAGCCAAGAAACUUCAUCUUGUUAUUGUGGUAAUUACAGAAAAAUAAUCAUGCCUUAAGGGAGAGUUGGCAAGUGUCUUUACUUCAAAUGAAUGUGAAUUGUGAGCAUGUUCUUGGAAAUGCACUUCAUUAGUAGUAUUGUGUAAGGAUAAUGCUGUGACUCUUGAAGUUCUAUUUACCAUUACAGGGGAGUUCAAGUGACAAUUAUCCAGAAAUAAAGUACUGAUAUUCAGGCAUGGUUUAUGGUUGUGUACUGUAACAUCGGCAUAGUUUUAUUUUACUGCUGUAUUGGUUAAGCACCAUAAUCAAUUUUGGUAAAUACAUGAUAUAAGCAAAAACGUUAUCUAGUCUUCUAGGAAAUAUACUCUACUCUUUACACUUUCAAAAGAUUCAUAGCAAUGCAAUCAAUGAAUUCUUCCACUGUUUAACUCUUGUCCAACUUGAGGUAUUUUCAUUUUGUACUUGCAUUGCAUACAAUUAACAAAAUUAUAAACACCGAGUCUUAUUCUUGGUUAGAUGUCCUGUUUAAAGGAGUUCAAAAAUUAAAUUUUGCAAAAUAUAGAAGAUUGUUGACAUGCAGCAUUCAGAUCUAAAUUUCAGAUAGAUCACUCCACCUUAUGGUAAAUUAGCAAGAAAUACAAAUAUGAUAUGCUUGAAAGUAAGUAAUUGUGUGUAAAUGACUUAUAUGUUUUAUCUAAAUAUUGAUUGUUAUUGCUGCAUAUCUGCUAUAUCCGUUGAAUGUUUGGAGUUGAAUGUGGAGGUACAAGGUCCUCCUUUAUGAUACUUUUGAUUGUAUUUUUUCAGCAAUGUGUACCUCCCUGAGGAAAUAGUUAUUCUACCAAAAUUGCUACUUUGCCUUUUAAAAAUUUCUUGUUUUUUAAACCCUGUUCUCUGCCAUUAUUGCAAUAUCUAUCUCUGGCUUGUUGACAUAUUUUCUACUAUGUUUAAUUAAAUGAAUCAUAUCUUUGAUAUUGUACAUUUUGGUUUGGAGUUAUGUAUCAAUUGAUAUUGCAAAUUGAGGCUGGAAAACUGAUAAUAACUAUCAUGAAGUUAGUAUGUGUCUCAAGCUUUCUGUUGAACCUCUAAAUAACAGUUUUAUUAUAUUGGAAGUUAUGCAGCAUACAUACAGGUCCAGAGACCUUUGACAUCUAUCUGUGAAUUUAUAAUCAAAACUACUAUUUGAAAUAACAUACUUAAAUUUUUAGAGAUCCUAAUAUCCUUCUUUGUGGGAAUUAAACUUUUGGCACAUAAAAGUUUUACUAGUAUUCUGCCUUUGAAAACUGAGUGAAAACCAUUUUUAAUCAAAAAAUUGAUACCUUUUUGGCUAUAUUUGAAAAACGCUCUUGUUUGGAUGUCAGUUUUCUUUGAGUCAUAGAGCUAUUAUAAAAUAACUAGUUUUGUCAGUGUGUAAAAAAUGUUUCUAAAAUGUUUAGGUGAAAUAAAUAUUUAUCAAGGGGCUUUUAGUCAUAUACUAACUUCUUGAAGAGAUUUCUGUAAAAAUGUAUGGACUCCAUAUUACAAGCAUGAUACUGUAUUGACCUAGCAUAUGAGAAUUAUUAGCACACUGGCUCUACCACACAAUGCUUUGAAAUUAAAGUGGCAAAGAGUUUUUAAGAACAGAAUUCUCAGAAAAUGCUGUUUUUUUCUUAAGAUAAUACCCCACCUUUGCCUUCCUGUUGUAGGAAGAUAUGUGAAUGCAGAUACUUAGCAUAAUUUUUUUUGGAGGGAUUGCAGAAAUGUGGUAAAUAGAGAUACAAGUAGAACAUUAGUACUCUUAAAACUCCUUUCCUCCCAACAAAGAUUUCAUAAUACUUAAUAAAUGGGUAUAUAUGUUUUUUUCUAAUUUUUUCAAAAUAUUUCUUAUUAUACAACUUCUAGAUAUUAAUCAUCUUUUGAAUUUUUAUAAACAUUUUUGAAAUAUGGAAUUAAAAAAGUAUUUUAGUUUCUAGUAUUACUCUAACUUUUGUCCAACAUUGUGGACUUUUCAAAGCUAAAAUAAUACCAUAAUAUAAUAAAUCACUAUUCAAUAUAGCCUAACAUUUAUCACUAUAUAAAUUUAAGUUUUGUUACUUACUUCAUGUUACAUCCUACAUUUGAAUGAUCAUGUGAUGUGCAUCUACAUUGCAUUUUACACACUUUUAUUUUUGAAAUAAAAGUAAUCCAGGUGUACUGGCCUGGUUAGAGACAUUAUUGUUGUGAAUAUAAUUCAUGAAUAGCAAUUUAUGCAGUGAUUAUUUUUUUGUCAAUUAGAUUUCUAUUUUCAAACUUCAAUUCUAUUUGCAAAAUUUCAUCAAAUUUAAAAUAAAAAUGUGAAUAAAUUGCGAAACAAACACAAAAUAGAAUUCAGAAGUUAAUAAAUGUUGCCAAUGGUGAAACUAAUUAAUAUUUAGGUUGCAGAUUUUGUAUUAAAUGUUCACACUAAUUUUUAUAAAGAUUUUUUUAACAGGAAAAAAUAUAUUAUAAUUGAGGCAUAAAUUUGGGUAUACACAUCAGUCUUUACAACAGUAAUAUAUUGUGAAUUUAUUGAAAUAAGCAUACAAAGAAGUCACACCUAUUCCGAAGUAUUGACUGUAGUUUUCCAGGCUUACAGCUACAUGAAAUUUAGAGUGAAUAUAGGAACAGUUUUCAAAACCAGAUGCUGUUGUAAUUAACAUGAAAUUUUCUAGCUAUGUUUGAGGUUGAAAUCAUUAGUUACCUAAAACCAGAGUGAUCAGUUUUUAUGUUAAAAUACCAACAUUUUUGUUAACAAUAGUAUUAUUAGGAACACCUGGAGGUGUAAGUCUUCUGGUC